AUGGCCGCUGUCUUCACGAUUCGCUUGCUAAGCGGCAUCGGCUUCGAGGCAGAGUAUGACCAGCGCCUGAUCCUCGAGGGAGAAGAGCUGCCUAACUUCAGUGUGGUACAGACGGACAAGGAAAUCUUGCUGAUCAUCGGGGCCACCAACAUCACGGAGACUGUGUUGGAUUUUAUGCAAAUUCGAGGAGCCGUGCCUUUCUGUGGGGAUGAGAUCGCGUUUCCUCUGCCAGAGCCGCUAUCAGACAAAGAGCUGAAGCAACUGGUGGAGCAGUGCCGUCAGAGCUGCAUCGUGGCAUUGGCUUUGGGCGCAGCGAUGUUCCAGACUGUAGACUGCGAUGAUGAUCUCAAGAGUAUGUGCGACAGCCUACCACCACAGCUGCGGGACGCUGUUCUCAAACAGCGCCCAGCACAUCCCGACUUGGUCACCCGCUGCGAAGAAUGGGCCCUUCGCUGCGACGAGGUCCCUGUCACGGAGGAGUCUGUGCAGCAGUAUCUGGAUGGGCUCCGCGAGGUGGCCUGGGCCAUGCAGAGUGCCGAGCAGCGAGCGAAGUUGUCCCGGGACCCCUACGAGCGCGAUAUCCUGGACCUGAAGAUUGGAGAGAUUCCUUGCCAGGUCAUGAUCGACUACCGGGAGCGUUCCUGGAGCCAUGGUCUUUCCGUUGAGGAUGCUUGUGCGGUGGGCCGACGACGUGAUCAACUUGUUCUGGACCGCUUCGAGCGCGAUGUCCUCGACAGAUGGGAGAGACCAGAGAGUGCUCUCCUAGCACGCCGAGAAUACGCCGUCGCUUGUGGCGGUGAAAGCCAGGACACCGCACAGGGCUGGGUCGAGUUGCUGUCUCCUCACCAGGUUCCGCGCCCCGCGGAAGCUCCGAGGAAAGUGCUUGUCAUCGAUGCGUGCGCUUCCCCUGCAUUCGCGGGGCUCAUCGAUGUGAACGACAGAGAGCCAAGCUGCAAAGAGACUCGACAGCUUCCCCUUCCGGGGUCAGCUUCGGGUGACUGGUUGCCACUUUUUGCCGACCUCCAGCUUCGCCCACAAGACCACCCAGUGGUGCUGGUCGAGCCGAUGCACGCCAAGCGAGCCUGGCGAGAGCAGGUCUGCAACGACUUGGUUCGCGCUGGUGUUCCAUCUCUUGCAUUUGUUCCUUCGGCGGUGGCUGCAUGUCAGAUCCACUUUCCUUUGCCGUCAACCACGGCGAGCAUUGACAGCAUGAUCAUCGUUGACGUCGGUGCUGCACACCUCUCUGUGACACCCUUCUGUGAGGGCUACCUCCUCGUGCCGGCGAUCGUCUCAUAUGAAGACUUGGAUCCUGAGGAGCCAGCCUGGCCGCAGAUCUCCAGUGCCAUACAGACAGCAGUUCGCCGCUGCCCCCUGGAGACGACCAGAAGCCUGCGCAGGCGAGAUCCCAUUGUGGCGGACGACGGAGUUGUGCAGGAAUACGUUUACCAAGUAGCGCCCUUUUCGAGGCGCGUGCAUCUUAUCGGCAGCCGAAGCUCCGAAGCUCUCGCCCGGCAGCUGCAGAACGGGUCCGGAGCGCUUUGGAGCUGCCCUUCCCUGACCUGCCCUGGGGAAGAGGGUAAAUUCGGGCUGAAAGGUCUGAAUCUGCUGCCAUACAACGCAGCAGACUUGACACAAGCCGCCCAAUCAGAGACGGUGUUUGGCUGCCGACGCAGCGCUGCUACCAUGCUGCAACGUCUAAAGUUAGGCGUGACAUUCGCCAAAGUCUCUACCUGA